AUGCCGAAUCAGAAGGAUCGGAAAGCCUCCCACGUGCUCGUGUUUAGCGAGAUGCUCGCGACGCAUAAGUAUCGCCUCGCGCUCCCGCAACACGUCGUCACCGCGGCGACGAAUCUGGAGAGCUCCAGCCACGUCUUGGUGACGGGGCUCGACCUCUUUUACGUCCGCUACUCCGCCGGGAAGCCGUUCGACUUGUUGAAUAGCGAUUAUAACAAACCCCUGCUCGUGAUGUUGGUGAUCAGCCUGUUGGUGGCAUCGUUGGUCGCACGCUAUUUUGUCCUCCGGAAGAGUUUGUCGACGAUCUGGGCGUGA